CUUGGGUCGUAUAUUCGCCAGCGAUGGAAAGCAACACCGCGACUCUGACGCCACCUGGUCGUGUGUCGUCGAGUGCUACCCUUGGCGCGUACUCGGCCUACCUCGAGUCCCUUCAUCGCAACUCGUAUGCGGCCUACAUUCGACUCCACGAGCUCGAGAAGGCAUGGGGGCUGUGGCACUUGACGUCUCCAACGCGCACGAUGCCGUUCGAUCCGAUCGAAGCGAACGCGUUGCCGUCGAUAGGUACAACGACCGCAUGGUCCCCAGCGCCAGGGCCGCUGUACCGACUGGCCCCUGCCCUGGGCGCGAUCGAGUUAACGAUGCGGCUCCUCGUCGACUUUAUGGAGGUCAAUGUGGAAGAGAUCGACGACCCAGACAAGUCUUUAUGCGGUCGCACGCCGCAUCGGGCGUAUGUUCACCAAAGCAACCGCAUGGACGGAUGGACGCGGAACCUCAACACGCAGCUCCAGCUCAUGCGGUCCAUGAUUGAUAUAGACUUGAACGCAGCGACGUACGAAGACGACUACCUCGUCACGACGGCGGCAAGCAACGACAGUCUAGCCCAGCCACAUCACGCGUGGUGGGGCGCCCAACCGGCGGCGGCAAGUUUCCUCGACCGCAUUCAGUGCCUGGUGCAGUGCCAUUUUCAAGGGCUACCGUUCGGUCCGGGGAUCCUCACGAGUCAUGCGCAGCAUGUGCCAUACGACGCCGUCGUCCUGCCACGUCAUGUCCGGACGGAAUGCCGCGAGGCAGACGCCGAAUUUGUCGAAGACCAUUUCUUUGCCACGGUGCAUCAAAUCGUCGAGGCGUGGUGUUGUGUGAUGGAGAGGCAACUGGACGCCGCGCAAGCCGAGGUCGACGAUGUCUUGAAGGCAGUGCAUGGCUCGUCGGUGGCAGACACUCGGUCGGUGGAAGAGAUGAUGCAGCGCAUCGCGCGGCGGUAUCGAUGGGCUGGGCAUUGCUGGGAGUACAUGAUCGAUCACAUCUCCAUGUUGAGCGAAAUGGACGCUCGCGACUACCUGAGCUUGAAAUUUCACUUGCACGGGGCGAGCGGCGGCCAGAGCGUCCGCCUUCGGCAACUCACGGCCCGGAUCCCGCACUUGUUGCCAUGGGGGACUCAUGCUCACAUGUACACUGGUACGUUUGACCCGGCCGCCCUACAGCACGUCGUAGCCGUACUGAGCCACGUGCGAUCGAACGUUGAGGACAUUCCGCUUCAAUCGGAGCUCGUCGCACUGUUCAAGUCGCAUGUGUCGCCAGCGGCGGAGGCUGUCCAGUUGAUCCAGGCCGUCCAGAUGCUCGAAAACGCCGUCCGGCGAUUUUACUUUGGUCAUCAGCAGUUGGCGAUCAUGGUACUUGGCGCAGGCGCAACCGGGACGCAAGAGCUGACUGUGAAGGCCCUCGAGCGCGGGUGGAAGACCACCCAUCGGUACAUAUGUGUCGAACGGGCAAAGGAAGUGAUGUCCCAGCAACUCAGUGACGCCCAAUCGCCAGUGUUGAAAGGCCGCAUCGUUCGAGCGCGAUUCGACGACGUCAAGGUGCGGCACCACAAGUUGGUCGUGGCUACCGACAACGCAACUCUCGAGUGCAAGCUGUGGCAGUCCAGUGUCGACCCAUUGUCACCCAUGUCAUGCACGAGCCGGACGCCAUCGCCACCACGCCGAGUAGCAUCUUCCCCAUACCGUCCAGCGUUUGCCCGAUCGCUGGCAACGCACCCUGUCCGCACGUUGCACUUUACUACGUAUGGCAUGGGACUGCCUCCAGACGUGGCACUCGCGAGUGUGCAGCACACCCAUGCCCUCCUCUGUCGAGACUUGAACGAGGUCUGGUCGGCGUUCUUCCAGCACGAUGUUCCUACGGCAGAGCGCUAUAUUCUCCAAUCCCUUGGGCUCGAAUCGGUCGUUCGGGCUGACGACGAGGACAACUCGGAACUGCGGUCGCCGGAACACUACGUGAACUUUGGCGCCAACGUCCACGAGUUCCUUGUGCGCCUCUUCAGCUGUCUGACUGCUCGACCGCUCCAAGUUGUUACGAGCGAUGCUGAGUUCGUGUCGUUGACCCGACAACUGGCUGCGUGGACAGCCGCCAGUGGCGAUUGCCAAGUUCACCAGGUGCCGCUUCAGCCUGUCGAGACAUUCGCAGCACGGUUGUGCGACCAAAUCACUGCCGUCCGCCCCCAUGUCGUCCACGUCAGCGCAGUGUAUUCGAACUCGCAGUUCCGCUUACCAGACACCGCGAUUGCGUCCGUGGUCGACGUGUGUACCCAGGGCAACUCGAUGUGCAUUGUGGACGUCGCGCAGGCUAUUGAAAACGUCCCGAUGCAACUUCCGCGAUCGUCGCCGGUGCUGGUCGUGGUCGGCAGCGGCAUCAAGCACUGUACGGCAGGUCCGGGCCUCGGAUUUAUCGUGUAUUCGCCGCAUUCGCCGUGGACGCGUCCGUUGAACACGGGAUGGAUUGCCCACACCGCGAGCCUACAGUCGCCGCCAUCGCCUGCCCAUCCUCUCGAGUACACUCCCGAGCUAGCCUUUGCGGGAGGAACUCCCGGAUUUCAUUACGCCCUUCGCCAGCUCAAUGAUGUCCAGGCAUUCUACGCGAACCAGGGGUGGACCCUGGCCACUCGACAUGCGUACACGUUGUCGUUGCAAGCCCACUUUCUUGCCAAAGUCGGUGAGGCCGUGAGUAUUCCAACUCGACGGUCGACCCUCGCACCGGAAGACACGUCGCGCGCACUUGUGCUGGAACAUUCCCAAGCGACUGCAAUCCACCAACAUCUCAUGUCUGGGGCAGUUGUGUGUCACUGCGAUGUUCGGUUUGGCAAGCGACUUCGGCUCGGUUUUGGACUGCAUCACGUGCAAAGCGAAGUCGAUACGUUGGCCGAUGCGUUGGUUGCCGCGUGGAAGGCGCUCGACUCGAACGACAAAAUGCAACUGAUGGCGUGACCCGGGCGCGUCGCUAUCUCACGACCACGGAGCGCGAGUCCAGCUGCGACAUGGUGGUGCUGGCUAUAACGUUGCGAUGGAAUCAAGUCGUUGGUGUUUCGAGUUGCUGGGAGUUUGACGCAUCCAUCGUGAGAUUUCGGGAUGGUCAGGCGCAGGUUCCGGUACAAAGUGCAAGUUAAGCGAGGCUCGUGGGUCAAUGAGUGGACUUGCCCUGAA